AUGCUCGAGGCUCAACUCGUUUGCUCGAUUGAACUGCUCGAGCUCGACUCGUUUGCAGUCCUGGUGGUGAAAAUCAGACUUCAACAGCAAAGAGGAUUAAGCCCCGAGCUCCUCAAGUACAAAGGCCCAGUACAUUGCGCCCGUAUGAUUAUCCGGGAAGAAGGCCUGCUUGGUUUGUGGGCCGGGGCUGCCCCAACUGUGAUGCGCAACGGGACUAACCAGGCUGCAAUGUUCACAGCCAAAAACGCGUUCGACGGUUUUCUGUGGGACAAACACGAAGGGGAUGGGAAAGUACUCCAGCCCUGGCAAUCCAUGAUAUCGGGCUUUCUUGCUGGGACUGCAGGCCCAAUGUGCACAGGCCCAUUUGAUGUCGUGAAGACGAGGCUAAUGGCCCAGAGCCGCUCGGGUGGUGAGAUGAAGUACCGAGGCAUGUUUCAUGCUAUUGGGACUAUUUAUGAGGAAGAAGGGAUUCGGGCUCUGUGGAAAGGACUGUUGCCUCGGCUGAUGAGGAUACCGCCAGGCCAGGCCAUUAUGUGGGCCGUGGCUGAUCAAGUUAUGGGCUUUUAUGAGAGGAGGUAUUUGAGCAAUGCACCACCCUUGUAG